GACCUUGUCGAUUCCACCGCGGCGGAUCAGACAGCCGCGGUCUUGGCGGGCAAAGUAUACCCGCUGAGUCUGGGCUUUGUCGGGGUCAUCUGCGGGCACCGGGGCGACCUCCAGGAUUCUGCCAGGGCCUCUGAGGAGCGCUUCUUCGGAGAGCACCCGGCUUUCAAGGCGGUUGCGGCACAAUGCGGCGUGCGCUAUCUGGGCCGCCUGCUGAACAGGAUCCUGUUAGAGAAGAUCAUUGAAGUGCUCCCAGGUGUCCGAGCGCAGGCCUUGCAGAUGACCCAUGACGUGGAGUCUGAGCUGCAGGGAUACGGCGAGCCGCUGGACAGGCAGACGUCGGGGGAAAAGGGCGCCUUGCUGCUCAACCUCUUUGCCAAGUUCGCCGGCCAGUUCGGCGAUGCCGUGGAGGGGAAGCUGUCCAACCAGCCCCUUGAGGGUCCGGUGGGCCAGCUGAUCGGCCGGGCACGCAUCGACUUUCUCUUCCGGGACGUGUUCGCGAGGACAGUUCGGAACUACGACUGCUUCGCGGGGCUCACGGAUGACGACAUCCGUACGGCCUUGCGCAACGCCACGGGCCCCCGCGCCCGGCUCUUCAUUCCGGAGGCCGCCUUUGAGAUCUUGGUGCGCCGACAGGUGGCCAAGCUGCAGGCUCCCUCCCUGCAGUGUGCGGAGCUUGUUUUCGACGAGCUCCAGCGCGUUUUGCUGCUCUCCGAGCUGCCCGAGUUUCGGCGCUUUGUCCGACUCCGCGACCAGGUUUUCGCAGUCGUUCGCGACAUUCUGCGCAGAUGCCUGGAUCCGACGCUGACGAUGAUCCGGGACCUGGUGUCCAUUGAGAUGGCUUACAUCAACACGAGCCACCCUGACUUCGCGGCCUCUGGGGCUUUGCAGCGUCCUGGUGGAUCCGCACCCCGCGACGCCCCUGCGGCCGUGCCCAAGAGCGACGCCAAAGUGGUACUCCCAGACCCGGUGAGUGCGGCGGACGCCACAUCCGCAGGAGAUGCGGGCAUCACUUCCUCAGCAUCAAGCGGGAACCUAGGCUCCGGGAUCUUCUCGGCCCUCUUCCGGCGGCAGUCUUCAGGAGGAAGAUUGCAGCGGCCAGGGGCUGAGCUUGCGACCACACCGUCGCCACCGAACUCGCCUGGGCCGAAGGCGCGGUUUCCCUCUCGACGUUCCAUGGGCGGGGAGGCGGACGCGCGGCGGGCGCGUGAGCAGGCCGCCGAUUCGUUUGGCUAUGCGCCGCGCGGGGGGCCGAAGCUGCCACACGUGCCCUCAACGAUCUGCCCCAGUGCGCAAGAGCCUUCCGAACGGGAGAAGGUCGAGGUGAGCAUCGUCAAGAAGCUCUUAGAGAGCUACCUGACCCUGGUCAAGAAGAACAUCGCCGACUCGGUGCCGAAGGCGAUCAUGUUCUUCCUGGUGAGUGGCGCCGGGAUCUCUUCAGAUCCGAGCCGCGUUAGCUCCCUCAAGGACGCGAUCCAAAGCGAGUGCGUCACGAGGCUGUACAAAGAGGAGCUCUACGAUUCGCUGCUCUGCGAGGAGGGAGACGUCAAGACGCGAAGAGACACUUGUCGAGCUCGACUGGUGGGCCUCCGGCGUGUCCUCGAGGUCACGGAGCAAGUCCGUGAUGUCCUCGAUACGCUUUAG